CAUAUAUUUACUAGGCUAGAGUAGUAUUGGUUUAAGAAUGAACUUGGUUCCCUUAGCCUAGUUAGUACUGUGGUUAUCACAACUGGAUAAAGGGAAACUGAAGAAGAAACACAAACGGAAACUGCAUAAUGAGCCUCAGCAAAAAGAGAGCAGCUCCAAGACCUCCGGUCCCUGGAGUUCAAAGUACUCCCGCUGGAAAAAACAAAGAAAAUGAAAAAAUACUAAAGAAGGAAAAUGGUCAUGGAGAAGAUCUAAACAUGAAUGAAAAUAUAAUUUUAAAAGUGGUCAUGCCAGAUCAAACUGAAGAUGAAAUUGAAGUACCUGGAUUAAUACCUUUGAUGGAUCUGCGAAUGCAACUGUGUGCUAAAUAUAAACUUUCUCCAAGUUCUUAUAAACUUGAACCGAUUGAAUUAGAUGGAAGAGCAAUACCUUUCACACAAUCAAGUACAGUUGUAUCAAUUAAUGCAAAAGCUGUUGCUCUCAAAACGAAAGCUAAAGAGCCAGUGAAAAUUGCACCACCUAAAGUAGUAGAGCAAACAGUCAGAUUGACAAUCAGAAUGUCGCAAUCACAUAAACAAGUUCUUCGAGUUAGACCCAACACGUCUUUGGACAAAUUAUUGCCUCAAAUAUUAGAAAAAUCGGGAUUCAAACCAGAUAAGCAUCAAUAUGUCGAACUCAGACACCCUGAUCAACCAACCAUGACGCUUGAUACAUCUCGUUCUUUAGAUGAUUAUAAAAUUCGAGAGAUAUUUGUUGCAGAUAAAAGAGUACCAAUACAACAACAACAUGAACCUCAACCAGAACCGGAACCAGAAACAAUGUCAAUACAAUCUGAUGACACGUCGCCUGAUAAAAUUUCUGAUCAAGGAAUAAAGAAGUCUGGUAGCCUGAAGAAAAGCAAAAAGCUGAAAUCAUUUUUUCGUCUUUCGAAGAAAAGCAAGGUUACUCAGAUAGAUUAUUUAUUAUUUUAAUUCGGUUGAAUUUCA